AUGAGCAUAAAUACGUUGAUAACAGGAAGUGAUAAUCUGGACGAGCAAUUAAGUGCUGUGGAAUUUAUCAAGACUUUAAGAAAGGUUGACGCCGCUGCCGAUGGAUUAAAGAGAUCUCAAGAAAGUGGUGAAUCGAGUGUGUCUGGGUCUUCCGAUAAAGUGGCCACACCCAAAAGCGAUGAUGACAAGAAAAAACUAAUAGAGAAGAAACCAAGCGCUUCCGAUUUGUUGGUGAAGAUGCGUAGUCGAUUCCAGCAUCGUGCCACGGAACCCGUAUUUCAUACAAUUACCAAUGCGUCGGAGGCUAGGGCAGCAUCGAGCAACAGUCGUCCAGAAGCGGCGGAUCAGACAACUCCCUGA